CCGUUAGGCUGACGUUGACCUGUCGGCUCGGUUGUGGAGGGAAGAUGAGCGGGCUGUUAGAUCGGUUCCUGCUGCUGGCCCGCGUCCUCGUUCUUUCCUUUCUUUCUGUCCCCGCUCUUUCGGGCGAGUCCGACCUGAGUUAUGUCACUUGCGGGUCGGUUAUCAAGUUGCUAAACACGCAGCACAACGUCCGGCUGCACUCGCAUGAGGUGAAGUACGGCUCGGGAAGUGGGCAGCAAUCUGUCACUGGAGUAACUGAUGCAGACGACAGCAAUAGUUAUUGGAGGAUACGUGGAAAAAGUGACAUUGUUUGUCAACGUGGAAAUCCAAUAAAAUGUGGUGAGACUAUUCGACUGACCCAUGUCAACACAGGCCGUAACCUGCACAGCCAUUACUUUACUUCACCAUUGUCAGGAAAUCAGGAGGUCAGUGCAUUUGGCGAAGAUGGCGAAGGAGAUAACCUGGAUAAUUGGACUGUCAUGUGUAGUGGAACGUACUGGGAAAGAAAAAAUUCAGUAAGGUUUAAGCAUACUGUUACAGAAGUCCUGCUGUCCAUUACAGGGGAACAGUAUGGGCGACCAAUAAAUGGCCAACGUGAAGUUCAUGGCAUGCAGUAUUCAAACCAAUAUAAUUCUUGGAAAGUGAUGGAAGGAAUCUUUAUGAAGCCUAUGGAGGGGCCAAAGGCUGGAAGUGUACAUUCUGAACUAUGAUAAGGAAUCAUCAGUACUGAUGUGUAACUUUAUAAGCAAAGGUUCCUGAAUGAAAUCUCUUAAUCUACAUACAUGGAUUUUUUUUUCCCAGUAUUAAACUUUUACAUGAAUUCUUACAGCUAAAAUGUUAUGUAUUUCAAAUAUUGGUAAUCGUGAAGAGACCUCUUGGUGUUUGCAAAAUUCUAUUCCGAAGCCUGGAAUGGGCGUGGAAGUAUUUUAAAACUGUUUUGGUUUGCUGUGGACAGUGUUUAUACAUUUCUACUUGAGAACAAUGUUUAUGGUGCAUUAAAUGUGUUCUUCAAUGGGAACAUAACCAAGUGAGUAUUCAUAUCUGGAAAUCAAUUUAGGGGGAUAGUUUCAAGGAAUAAUAAAAUUAUUACAUUUGGGUCACUGAAAAUCAGUACCAAAUAUGAUUAUUGUAUCAAAGAUACCAAGAUUGUCAUUUACUUUUAGCCCUGAUUUAAUUUCAAGUGUAUUUGAAUUUCACGUAUAGGUGAAUUGCAAAAUUUGCUUCAAAUGUGGAAUUGUUGAAAUAAAACUUGACUAUACAAAAA